AUGGGCGGCGAAUCUCAGCGCAACAUGCCGGUGCCGGUGGCGAAGGAUUACCCCAAGUUGGCGGCUGGUCCGGUUGGCAAGCAAAUACACAGCAUCUAUCAGAGUCGCUUGAGACAGUUCCUCGAUGCCGGACAGUACAGGGAACAGAGUCUCAUAGGCAAGCUCACCGAAGCUGUCGCGUCAGGUAACGAGUGGGUCAAGCUCUCAGUCUACUCGCCCCCGAAUCUCUCGCGCCCUCUCUUCAAAGAAGCUACCUCUCAUGCUUUCCAUCCCACCGAAGUCGGCCAGUCAUUCGGUCCCAGCUGGUCGACGCAUUGGUUCAGGAUUCAACUCACCGUUCCCAAGCACAUGCUCGACAAAGAACAUCUCGAAUUUGUUUGGGACGCGAACAACGAGGGUUUGAUCUGGACUGAAGAUGGACAUACUGUCCACGGGCUGACAGGUGGUGGUGAGAGGACCCAAUGGAUCUUGCCAAAGGCCUUUAGAGACGGCAAGGAGCAUACCUUCUACAUCGAGAUGGCUUGCAACGGCAUGUUUGGUAAUGCUCCUGGCGGUGACUCAAUCCAACCACCAGCACCUGACAAGUACUACACGUUGCACACUGCUGAAGUUCAGGCGGUCAAUCUAGAGGCCAGAGCGCUAUACUUUGACUUCUGGGAGAUCUCAGACGCCGCCCGGGAAUUUCCUGAAGACUCAACUCAGGCUCAUGACGCUCAGCAGGUGGGCAAUCGCAUCAUCGACACUUUCAUUGCUGGCAAUGGAAGUCAAGAAAGCAUCAAAGCAGCUCGCAAGAUCGCUGCUGAGUACGUCGGGAAAGAUGUGGACUCGCACAAUGUGUACAACAGCGACCAGGAGGCCAUUGUGCACGGCAUCGGCUACUGCCACAUCGACACGUGCUGGCUUUGGCCCUUCGACGAGACCAAGCGCAAGGUCAACCGAUCCUGGUCGAACCAGUGCGACCUCAUUGAACGAUACCCCGAGCUUCGCUUCUGCUGUUCACAGGCUCAGCAAUACAAAUGGCUCGAGCAGUACUACCCCUCCACAUUCGAUCGUGUUAAGAAGAAGGUCAAGGAAGGCAGCUUCCAACCUAUCGGCGGGAGUUGGGUCGAGCACGAUACCAACCUUCCUGGUGGGGAAUCACUCAUUAGGCAGUUCUUGUACGGCCAACGUUACUUUGAAAGCAAGUUUGGCCAGAGAUGUCGCACGUUCUGGUUACCGGACACUUUCGGUUACUCGACACAAUUACCUCAGAUUUGUCGUAUAUCGGGUAUGACAAGAUUUUUGACCCAGAAGCUAAGCUGGAACAACAUCAACAAUUUCCCACAUACGACGUUCAACUGGGUCGCAUUGGACAAUAGCCAGGUCAUCUGCCAUAUGCCGCCAUCGGAGACGUACACCUGCGAAGCGAAUUUUGGCGAUGUCAAGCGCAGCGUUACACAGCACAAGUCGUUGGACCAAGACAAAUCGUCCUUGAUCGUCUUCGGCAAAGGAGACGGGGGUGGUGGCCCGACAUGGCAGCAUCUUGAGAAGCUUAGGCGAUGCCGUGGUAUCAGCGACACUUCUGGUCUUUUGCCUCGUGUCAAGCUGGGCGACUCAGCAGACGACUUCUUCGACCGUCUGGAGAAGAAGGUCGAGAAUGGCACCGAGCUUGUAACGUGGUAUGGUGAGCUGUAUUUCGAGCUUCAUCGUGGUACAUACACUACGCAGUCCAACAACAAGCGCAACAACAGGAAGUCUGAAAUCAUGCUAAGAGAUAUUGAGUACCUUGCUACUCUGGCUACCAUCAAGAAUAGCUUCGGAAAGAAGAGCUCAUACAAGUACCCAAAGAAGGACAUUGAUGAUAUGUGGGAGAACGUGCUGUUAUGCCAGUUCCAUGACUGUCUGCCUGGUAGUUCCAUCGAGAUGUGCUACGAUGACUCGGACCGCAUUUACGCCGAAGUAUUUGCCACUGGCGAGCGAUUGCUUUCUGACGCUCUUGCUGAACUUGGUUUCAACGACCAGAGUCACUGGGAUCACGACACAAAACUCUUCGCAAUGAAUACCUUACCAUGGAACCGCACUGAGAUUGUCAGACUGCCUAGCGCAGCCAGUCGAACGAAAUACGGGAUGGCCGAUGCUCAGUACGGUCUCGCUCACCGUGAGGGUACUCACAAGGGGUUAGGCGCCUUGAACGUGUACCCACUUACCUCCGCAUAUCCUGCUUCGAAGGCCUCUAUUGAGGAGAUCCGCGCCAACGUUUUCGAGCUCCGAAAUUCGCAAUUUGUUGUGCAAGUCUCCAAUGGUGCCAUCAUUUCACUCUUCAACAUUGCAGCAGAUCGUGAACUUAUUCCCAAGGGUGCCAAAGCGGGUCAACUUGUCAUCUACGAUGAUAAGCCACUUUAUUGGCAAGCCUGGGACGUUGAGGUCUACCAUUUAAAAUCGCGCCAGGAACUCGAGCCUAGCAAGGUUACCAUCGCGGAAGACAGUGUUCAUCGUGUGAGUCUCGAGAUCGAGACGAAGAUCUCGGACAAGUCAUGGAUCAAGACAACACUCAGUCUAUCUGCAGCUGUAGGAAACACGCCCAGCGCCAUUGAGUUCGAUGCAGAAAUCGAGUGGCACGAGACAAUGAGGUUUCUCAAGGUCGAAUUUCCGGUCGAUAUUGUGAACACGGAAGCUAGUUACGAGACGCAAUUCGGAAUCGUGCGCCGACCCACACACUACAACACGACAUGGGACAUGGCCAAGUUCGAAGUUUGCUGCCACAAAUGGGCUGAUCUGUCCGAGGCCACGUACGGUGUCUCUAUUCUGAAUGACAGCAGGUAUGGUUUCGCAGUGGCGGGCAACGUUAUGCGCCUCUCCCUUCUCCGCUCGCCCAAAGCCCCAGACGCCCAUGCCGAUAUGGGAAGCCACAAGACUCGUUACGCCAUCUUCCCUCACAAGGGCGGUCUGGAUGAACGCACAGUCCGCAAAGCCUUCGAAUUCAAUAACCCACUCAAGAUUGUCGGGCGCCAAGGUCCUUCGUCUACCUUACACAGCGGUCUUCUGAAUCCCUUCCACAUUCAUGGCGCACCCAACCUCGUGCUAGACACGAUCAAGCGUGGCGAGGACGACGAAGAUGUCAGCCGUGGUGAGCUGCCAGUCAAGAAGGGUCACUCGGUCAUCCUACGUAUCUACGAUAGUCUGGGUGGAAAGAGUAAGGGUGUGCUUACAUGGGGUGAUAUUGAUGUAAAGAAGGUGAUUAGGGUUAACGCACUCGAGGAUGAGGAGGGCGACCCGUUGAUCAUCAGCGACAUGAAGGUGGGAGCAGAAGACAACAGGGAGAAGGGUGUACCGGUUGAAAUUCGCGCUUUUGAGGUGGCGACUUACAAGCUAGUGUUGGCGUAA